CCGGAAGCGCACUCGCAAAGAUGGCGGCGAAGGUGGCGGCGACAGCGACAGCUCGAGCGACGACGAUAUUGGUGGCGGUGCUGGACGCGCCAUGGGGAGACAAAGUCGACUGCCCGGCGCGUGCACGCACUGCAAGAAGCUGAAGAUGAAAUGCGACUUCCCGAAAAACGAGAAUGUGUGCAAGAGAUGCAAGGCCGGGGGGCAUCAGUGCGUCGUGGAGGGCAGGAAGCCUAGAACAGCGCCCAAUAAGCGGGAAUACCUCCUGGCUCAGAUCCGCCAGAAGGAUGCGAUCAUCGAGUCGCUGCUCAAGCAGCUCCAUAACCCAUACUUGGCGACACCCUUAUCCAUUGCUUCCUACCGGAUGGCCACAUCCCCGUCGGACAAGAACAACCAAGAUGUCAUCGCUUGGUUGGACCGCCUCCAGGAAUCCGUCCGCACUGCCGGUGGCAAGGGCGGCCCUACUGCGUUCAGCCUUUCCUCGCGUGAGAAGGAAAGGGGCGACGAACAGGGCUCUGAGUCGGAAGAAGAGCACGAGCAGAGUCAGAAGACUGAGCAAGACGAGGAUGAUGACGACACGACUGGACCCCCGACGCUCCCUGACGCAGCUGUCCCUCUCGGCCUCAUCGCGAACCUUAGUCUUAGCAAUACCACUAAGAAGACCAAGGGUAAGAACAAGGCUCAGAUGACGGCCAAGGAACGGGAGGAGAGCCUUGAUGAUGACAACGUCGGUGUUGCGAACGAGACAUACUUCAUGCCUGGUCCCGCUAGCGACCUGAAUAUCCGCGCUAAUCUCAUUGAGCAACAUAGUCCGCCAGAGAUCCUGGUACAUGGACUGGUCACGCCACAGGAUGUGGAGAAACUAUUUGACAUCUACUUCACAAAGAUUAAUCCUUUCUUGUCGCUCCUCAACCCUAUCUUACACACUCCGAGCACGACUUUCGCGAGGUGUCCUUUCUUGUUCACAGUCAUCUGCGCCAUCUCGUCCCGAUUCUAUCCCGAGAAGUCUGAGAUAUACGCAAUCGCUAUGCACUUUGCGAAAAGCGAGGCUGCAAAUGCAUUAAUCAAUGGAUGGAAGUCCGUCGAACUGUGCCAAGCAUACCUGCUCAUGAGCUAUUAUGCCGUCCCCGCAAAGCGGUGGGAAGAGGACCGCAGUUGGUUAUAUACGGGCUUGGCCAUCAGACUUGCCACGGAUCUUAACUUGCACCAGGUGUCAACCGUCAAGUCCAAUACCGAGAAGGCUGCACGUGAAGUCUUGAAUCGUACCCGGACUUGGAUGAUAUGCUUCAACCUCGACCGGUCGGUGGCUACACAGUUUGGAAAGCCCUCUACGAUCAAGGAGGACUACAUCACUCGACACUGUAAGGACUGGUACAAGUCAUCUCCGUACAAUGACAAGUAUGAUAUCCACAUCUGCGCCUACUCGACUCUGCUGCGGAUAGUCGCCGAGUUCCAUGAGGCCAUCUACUCUGACCCGGAUUCACCAACCGGUCUCAACAAGAACAUGGAUUUCCGGGAAGUAACCCUCGAGCAUGAUCGUAAGUUAGAGGCUUUCCAGGACGAGUGGACUCGGAAAUUCGAUGAGGAUUCAGAUCCAAAUGACCCUGGUUGCUGUAUUCGCGUUGCAUUGGCGCCUUUCUUGGUGAACUACUCCCGACUUGUCAUGUACUCGUUUGGAUUUCAGCAGGCCUUUGAGAGAGGCAUUGAACUUGCCGAUCGACUGUUCUUCACCAAGUGCUUCGAGUCAGCGAAGAAUGUAGUGAGGAUUAUGAUCGAGGACCUCGCUCCAAGCGGAUAUAUGAAGUACUCCCCGGACGGCUACUUCGUCUUUGCUGCCUUCGCGUCCGCAUUCCUUCUCAAGUUAUUGCGGCCGGAGUUCGCAAAGUUGUUGACGCCCGAGUCAGAGACACAAAUAUACGACUUGAUCGCUCGCCUCAUCCAAAUUCAGAGCUCCCCUGAAAUUGCCAUUGAUGACCGGCACACGCCCAAGCUUUAUGCCCGUUUCUUAGCCGGUUUAUUGCAGAAACAUCGCCACGACGGAGCCACCAGCGGUCGUCUGCAGAUCUUCCAGCCGCCAUCUGGCAACGUCAGCACGUCUGCUGGGUUCGCUAUUCCUCCGGGUUCCACGGCAUCUAGCCAGGUAUUCUCUGUUGCUCCUCCACAGGCGGGCUAUCAGGACGUUGGACAUACGAGGUCUGUGGCUGGUCGCGACGGCCGGCCACUGACGCCUGUCUACGAACCGGAGACGACCUACGCCCAAGCGACCGGCCCCAUCGAUCUGGGCGGGUUCCUCGACUCCUCAGACUUCGCUAUGAGCGACUUGAAUGGCGGCUUCGAGCAGGAGAUGCUGGCGACUAUGCGUGCCAUCAAGAAUCCGGCGUGGUGGGAUAAUAUGAUGAUGCCAGGAUUCUCCUGGACGAGCAACGCGCCGAUGGCUCAGGCCAAUGGCAUCAAUGGAGUCAACGGCAUGAUGGGCCAUCCUGCCCAGAACGGGGACGCGAUGCCCUACAUGAACGGUAUGAACCGCAUGAAUCUUGCUCCUGUACCUAUUGGCUAGAUUUUCUUCGACCCGUACAGCGUGAAGUUGGUCUUUGUGAAGCAGUUGUAUUCUUGUAAUUCUAGGUCAUCGGGACCCCUGUUGUUGUCGCUCCUGCUCUAGCUUUGUCUGUCCAUCGGCUAAAAUACGUCUGUACUAUUUGCUGUGCAUUUCAUAGAACAGGAUCCAUUGGAAUUUAUUGAAGAACUAAAACC